AGGAGAAGUAUCUAUUUGUGCGAGGAGUUGCGAAGCUGACAGAGAGGAGAGCAGUCGGUCCGUCCCGUCCGGGGGCCAGGCUUGGAGGUUCCCACCAGGAGGACCCUCGGAGGGCUCAGCAGGGACAGCUCCGGCAGGGGACGCGCGCUGAGGAUGCCGCGCUCCUUCCUUGUGAAGAGCAAAAAGGCGCACACGUACCACCAACCUCGCACCAAGGAGGAGGACCUGGUCUUGUCUCCUUUCCCGAGCCCUGGGGCCAGGGACCAGGUUCUGAGUGGCAGUCCUGCCCUGGGCAUGCUGCUCCCAGCCCCACACUCUGACUGGAAAAGUGUGAAGCCGGAGCCAGAGCUGGGGCCAGACCAGAGCUUGCCCAGGACAGUGGUGGUGCCAGAGGGGCCCGUGGUGGCCUCCCGACCGCUGGACGGUGACUCGCCGCUCUCCGACUCACCCCCCUUCUACAAGCCCAGCUUCUCCUGGGAUGCUCUGGCCUCCUCCUACGGCCAUGGCUACCAGCAGGCACCAUCCACCAUCGAGUCAGCCUUCCUGGAGCGUGCCGUGAGGCUGUACGGCAGCCCCCUGCUGCCCAGCGCCGAGCCGCCCCUGGACUUCAGCGUGCGCUACUCCCCGGGCAUGGACACAUAUCACUGCCUCAAGUGCAGCAAGGUCUUCUCCACCCCGCACGGGCUGGAGGUGCACGUCCGCCGCUCGCACAGUGGGACUCGGCCCUUCGCCUGUAACAUCUGCGGCAAGACCUUCGGCCACGCCGUCAGCCUGGAGCAGCACACACACGUGCACUCCCAGGGGAUCCCGACCGGGUCCAGCCCCGCGCCCAGCUUGGCUCUCCCAGGCCGCGAGGCCCCACGUGCUCCUGACCCCCCAGGGCCUCGUUUCCUCCGGCAGGAGCGCAGCUUCGAGUGCCGGAUGUGUGGCAAAGCUUUCAAGCGCUCGUCUACCCUGUCCACUCACCUCCUCAUCCACUCGGACACCCGGCCCUACCCCUGCCAGUUCUGCGGCAAACGCUUCCACCAGAAGUCGGACAUGAAGAAGCACACCUACAUACACACGGGUGAGAAGCCCCACAAGUGCCAGGUGUGCGGCAAGGCCUUCAGCCAGAGCUCCAACCUCAUCACGCACAGCCGCAAGCACACGGGCUUUAAGCCCUUCACCUGCGACCUCUGCGCCAAGGGCUUCCAGCGCAAGGUGGACCUGCGGCGGCACCGCGAGAGCCAGCACAGCCUCAAGUGAAGCUGCUGCCCAGCGGGCGUUCGCCGGGGCCGGCCUCAGCGCUGUGGCCCCGGUCUGCUUGAGGUGGCUGGCGCCUGGCGGGAGACUCGAGUUCAUUCGGGACGCCCGAAGUUCUCCCAUGGCCCAGGACAGGUCCCUGUUUUCCCCCCCGGACCAUCGCUGCUCUGGCUGCAAAGCGUGGUGCCCCGCUGGGUCUCUCUGGGCUGCAGUUGCCCACUGAUGGGCCCAGUGCCCUCUGAGCCCAGAACGCUGAAAUCCCCAGAAGGGCAGGGAUGGGCACGACUGCCAGGAGCCUGCUCCUCUCGAUCACUGUAAAUAAAAAUAAAGACAGACAU